AUGUGUCCUCACACUAGUGGUGUAGUGAUUGAACCUCCUGAACCAAAAGUCAUGUCUGAUAGGCCACCAAAGUGCAGGAGAAAGACAAAUAAUGAGCCUAGGAAAAAGUAUGGAAAGUUGUCCAAAAGAGGAGUAAAAAUGACCUGUUCCCUGUGUCAUCAAGUUGGAACGGGACAACCUGGAGGCUACCCAAACAGGCAACUAAGCUCAAGCCAACUACCAAUGUCUAGCCAACCAUCAAGCUCAAGCAAGCCACCAUUGUUUAGCCAACCAUCAAGCUCAAGCCAGCCACCACUUUUUAGUAGACCAUCAAUCUCAAGUAAGCCACCAGUAUUCAAUCAUCAAGGCAAUUCUAUAUGUUUUGAUUCUUCAGCUGUUAGAAGAGAGAAACAACCUCCUAAAAGCAGAGGCACAUGCAGAGGCAGAGACACUGGGAGAGGCACUGGCAGAGGCACUGGGAGAGGUACUGACAGAGGAACUGGUAGAGGCACUGGGAGAGGCACUGAGAGAGGUACUGACACUGGCAGAGAAAUUGGAAGAGGCACUGGUAGAGACAUUGGAGGUGUAUCAAGUCAGCAACCUGAUCAACCAAGGGCUAUGAAAGCUUCAAUAUCAACAGGAAGACAAAAGAGGACCAAGACUAUAGGAUUUGGCAUCUAUAAAAAUGCAAGUGGUAGUCAAACCUUUAAUCCUGGUACUGCAGGAGAAAAAGCUGUCAAUCCGAGAGUUUAUAGGGAUGCAUCUCCAACAAAUAUUGAUAUUGGUUAUAAGCCUCGAGGACUCAAGUGGAAUGGUGGAAAUGCUGUCGCUGGUUCACAGUUGCAACGAAUCACUCAGUCAAGAAAAAACAAGCGUGGAACAUCUAGUGCACCAAAAAAUGCCUAA